AUGGCCAACAGUAACAGUGCGAAAAUUGAGUCAUUGAGCGACUUGUCAGAGCAGUUACCAUGUGAUUCCGUGGAAGCCCCGCGAAGGAAAAAGAGGCAUCUUCAUGCAGAUGAAAGAGCACGACUUGCUUAUGAAAGAAUUCAAGCAGAACGCAAAGAGCAAGCUGAGAAGCGUAGAGUCGAACGAGAAAGCAAACGAAAGGCGUUGGAGAGUUAUCUGUCAACGAAGCGCAAAAUGAAUAGGGCACUUCUGAGGAGAAAUAAAAAAGGACAGCCAAAUCUGAACGCUCAAAUCGAAGUUCUGUUGGAAAAGAUUGAAAAGCGUACGCUGAAGUCAUGA